AAAAGACAAAAUGAAUAAAUCUUCGAUCGAUUGCUCAGGUCUUGAAGUAUUUAGCGCCAUUGAACUGCUUGUGCCGCAUGUUUGUGUUUUUAAAUCGUGAAGGAUCGCUUAUACUACAGAGAUAUGGAAAAAAAUGUUCAUUCAAAGUUACCUCAGGAUCUGGGUAAACUUCUUGGAGUCCAGUCUCAGGAUGAGAGAAGUGCAGAAGCCUUCACCAGCACCUUCCUGAAGAAGAGCCUGCCGAGCAUGAGGCCCGAGGCCAUCCAGCAGGCUCUGCUGCACAAGGCGGUGGUGCUGGAGUACCACCACAAGCGGACGGGGACGCAGAGACAGAGGCGGAAGCGGGCGCGGGGCCUGACGUCCAGGCAGCGGAGGGAGCUCCGCCUGUUUCACCUCAAGCCGGAACACCAGAAGUAUGAGCUCUUUUUACCUUUACAUGAGCUCUGGAAGCAGUACAUUCGUGAUUUGUGCAAUGGCUUAAAACCAGAAAGUAACCCUCAGAUGAUCCAGACCAAGCUUCUGAAGGCAGAUUUCCACGGUGCCAUUAUAUCAGUGGUCCGGUCCAAAUGUCCAUCGUACGUGGGGGCCACUGGGAUCCUGGUGCAAGAACUGAAGCACGUGUUUAAAAUAAUUACCAAGGAAGACAAACUAAAAGUCAUCCCUAAGUGCAACAGCGUCUUCAGUGUGGAGGUCGAUGGCUUUGUGUCCCACAUCUACGGGACCAAGUUUCAGCUGAGAUCCAGUGAGCGCUCAGCCAAGAAGUUUAAAGCCAAAGGAACGAUUGACCUCUAAUUGUGUUUGGGUGAAAGAGAAACGUUAGUUUUUUUUGUAUGAGAAGGAUUGUAGG